AUGUUGAAGUUGUGGCUCGGGCUCGCGCUAACGGCUGAUUCAUCGGCUUUAUUCAGGGAUCGUAAUAGUUUUGGGAUGAAUCUAAAAAGACCAUCGGAGCUCUACAAACACCUAAGAGUUUCCAAGAGACAUAUCCUGGGAAAAUCCCAUGAUGACGUCGUUACAUCACUCCCAAAAGACAAUGAUGCCCCAGAGCUAGAGUCACGACUUCAAUUCCAUAAACAAUUUAUGAUCGGAGCGCAAAAUAACAGAGUAGGGUUAGGAUCAAGUAGGAAAGUCCAAGAUACGGAUAUAUUGAAGUCUUUUAUUCGGCAAGACGAGAACGAUAAAUACAAGAUCCAUGCAAUGAGUUUAGAAAUGCAGAACGAGUGGUUAGACAUGGGAGAUUUUUGCAUUCCACUAGCACUAAAAUGGCGCACCCUAAUUCAUGACUGGUCGCCAGCCUUGCUAAAAUUUUAUCUCAAUGCGUUCCAGAUGACUCUCCCAGAUCAGAGUAAUUUAGUAAGAUGGGGUAAAGGUACCGAAAAAACUUGCUAUAUCUGCGGAAAGGCAGUUGGAACCGCCAAGCAUUUGCUGGUGGGAUGUAAGGUUCUCCUGGACAGCGGUCAAUACUCGCGUCGUCACGAUAGGGUUUUAGAGAUCAUACGUUUUGUGAGAGAGGGCACCAGGGCUAUAAAAUCAAACGUCAAGCCUUACUCUAUCCUUAAAGCGGCUUCGGAUUGGACUAUCAUGAUGGAUACGUAUGAGAAACAAUACAAAAUCCCCGAGGAUAUUUGUGCGUCGGCCUCCAGACCAGACAUAUUUCUAUAUUCGCGUAUUUUAAAGCGCGUUGUGAUGAUAGAGCUUACGGUGCCUUGGGAAACCAACAUCCCCAAAGACCAUGCCAUCAAGGUCAAUAAGUAUUACGAGCUCACUAACGAACUAACUCGAAAUAGGUUCGUCGUUGAUUUGUACGCGGUAGAGGUGGGAGCGAGAGGUAUAACAGCUAAAUCUCUCUAUAAUCUACUAAAAGACUUGGGCCUGUCCAGAACUAACAUUAAUUCAUUCUUAGAACGUACGUCGAAGGCAGCCCUAGUAGGUUCUUUUCAAAUUUGGUUGGGUAGGGAGAGGAACUUGGACAGUGGAGAACAAGAUGUAAGGCCAGAAGGCCAGAAGGAAAGCAAACUGGAGCAAAACAACAGACUCUUAAAAGCACAAGUAUCAAUUUCAAUGUGUCGUUUAUUAUCCAACGAUAUGAAGGUAAAUAAAACACGUUUGUUGGUGGCAGAGAUGAUGAGUUGUGUGAUGUCUGAUACUGAUCCACUUUACUAUGAAGUGGACUCUUUUUUUCAACACUUAGUGCUAUGGGAUGCUAAUUUUACAGCCUUCGAAAUGUGCAACGUUGGAAGGCUUCUCAUUCCAACGGUAUGA